AAUCUCAUACCGAAGCGGCUGAGAGCUAGUAGCAGGAAGAACCAAGUUACAUCUGUGGAUCAGCCGGAUCAGCAAUACAUUUCUUAUUCCCUUGCCUAGUGCGAGACAUUGCUAGUGCAUUAAGUUAUCCCAGCACAGAAGUUGAGUAGAGGAUUGUGUUCCGGGAACCGAGGGAAGCAGCAUCAGGCUCAAGAUGUCCAAAGGUGGCAACAUUGUACUCCGGGUUCAAUCUCCUGACGGGACCAAGCGAGUGGAAAUUGCCGAUACAAGCAAUCUAAGGGAAUUGUACAAGCUCGUGCAUGGCACGUUCGCUUUCAGCGACUAUGGAUUUGCACUCUACAAGGAGAGAAACUGCACAAAAGAGCUUGUAUCCAGUAGAUCUCAGACGGUCAAGGAAAACGGCCUGAAGCAUGGGGAUAUGAUUUAUCUGAAGCAUAUUGCUGGGCCGUCAACUUCCAAGGAACCUGAAAGAAGUUCCUCCGCAGCAUCGAUUGCCUCCACAAGUAGCUCCUCGUUUAGUGGGGCAGCAGGUUUCAGUCGGGAAGCAACACCCAGCACCAGUUACGGUGCUGCUGCCUCAGCAGUGGUGAACGGAGAAGAUUCCGUCGAUGUUGAACUGUACAAGCAGGACGGUAGAAUUCAAAGAAAACGAGAUGAAAAGCUAUGCCGACACAACUCGAACGGCUGUUGCGUCCACUGCUCCCCGUUGGAACCGUGGGACGAGACCUACCUCAAGGAGCAGAAGAUCAAACACUUCUCGUUCCAUUCACACUUGAAAAAGCUCACCUCCGGCGUUGAUCGCGGUAAGUUUGUUGCCCUGGAGGAUCUUAACUGUAAGAUCAAAACCGGCUGCCGGGAUCAUCCACCAUGGCCCAAGGGCAUCUGCUCCAAGUGUCAACCGUCGGCCAUCACCCUGAAUCGGCAGGCCUAUCGGCACAUCGAUAACGUCAUGUUCGAAAACACCGGAAUCGUCGAGCGAUUCCUCAACUAUUGGCGCACCACCGGCCACCAGCGUAUCGGAAUGCUGUUCGGUACAUACGAAGUGCAUCCGGAUGUCCCCCUGGGCAUUCGAGCCCGCGUGGCCGCAAUCUACGAGCCGCCGCAGGAAAGUACCCGUGAUUCGAUUCUCCUCCUGGACGACGAACACGAAUCGGAAGUGGACGAAAUGGCCGGUCUGCUGGGAUUACGCCGCGUCGGAUGGAUUUUUACCGAUCUGCUGGCCGAUGAUGCUGCCGCCGGUACGGUCAAACAUGUUCGAGGAAUAAAGACCCAUUUCCUGACGGCGCAGGAGUGCAUCCUGGCUGGUCACUUGCAGAACAAGUACCCCAAUCGUUGCAAGUACGCAACCGGUGGGUUCUUUGGGUCGAAGUUUGUCACGGUUUGCGUCACGGGUGACAACAAGAAGCAAGUACACAUGGAAGGGUACGCCGUUACGGCGCAGUGUAUGGCCCUGGUGCGGGAUAAUUGUUUGAUUCCUACCAAGGAUGCGCCCGAGUUGGGCUAUAUUCGUGAGUCGAGCGACAAGCAGUACGUUCCGGAUGUUUACUACAAGGAAAAAGACGUCUACGGCAACGAAGUUCAACGCCUGGGCCGACCACUGCCGGUUGAGUAUUUGCUGGUAGAUGUACCCGCUUCGACGCCGAUGGUUCCGCUGUUUACAUUCCACGAGCGAAAAGAAGUCAGCCAGUACUUCCCGGUUGAGAAUCGACUCAUCGAUGGACACAUUCAGGAUUUCGCCACCUUGAGCAACUAUCUAGCAAAGUCCCGAUCCAUGGACUUCCUGGAGUCCAUGUCCGACUUUCAUCUGCUGUUCUAUCUGUAUCGCAUGGACAUGCUGCCGAUGAAAUCGCAAAUGGCUCCGUUGCUGGAAGCGGUGCGCCAGAAGGACAAGACGGCGGCCACCGAGUGGAAGAAUCAGGAAGUGUGGCGAACUUUGGAGCAACUGAUCUCGGCCAGCUCACACCACGACGACUCCAGCAUGAGUAACGAUGUGGAAUUUGUAUCGGUCGGUGAAGCGGAACAGAAUUGGACCUGCUCUCACUGUACGUUCAUCAACAGUCGGGAACUGCCAACGUGCGAAAUAUGCAAUCUUCCCAGGGUCUAGAAUACUACUGAAUACACGUACUAAUGGCUGCCGAUGGGUAAACAAUUUCUAGCAAACUACAGCAACUUUGAAUAUUGAGAAUUGUACUUUGCUUAUAUUGAAAAUUGUUUAAUCUUUCAGUUUAACUAAUCAAACGUAGUGAAAAAAAAAUACAUAGCAGAAAGCAGGAUUACAACACCUCCAAUUGAAUACUAUGAGGAAACCAUUACUUCAUAUCUGAAAAUUGUUUCCGGUUUGGUUGAUCUACCAAACCGAUGAAUGGAUUAUUUGACAUGAGAAAUUCUAGGACUAUCGUUUCGUUGCUCCGGGGUCAAGUAAAGUGUUGGAGCGGAAAAUUUAUGCGUGGAAGUGAUGGGUAAAAAAUCAACUUGAUUCUUAGAUAUAAGAAUAUAUUUAUUUUCAAACUCAAAAUAAAAAUGAUUGAAACUUG